UCAAUCAUCUGCUCUCGUCUCGUCUCGUCUCGUCUCCGCCGCUCGUUCACUCAGCAUCCACAGCUUCUACUAGUCUUCUAGUGCAAUCAUCUGCUCUCGUCUCGUCUCACACCGACCCUCUUCCAAGUUCCAACGUCGUUCCUUUGCCUGGAGGUUGAAGGACUCGGGGAGGGCUGUCAGUCUUGCCUCCGGUACAUGUUUCCGCAUUGACGAUUGAUCGGAGGAUGAGGGGUUGUUGUAUGCCGAAUCUCCUUGCAGCCACCGGAAAAGCUAAAGAGAAAAUUGGCUCAUGGAGUCCGCCGCCAUCCGCGGGGCCCUAUUUGUGUUGGUCAAAGCGCUGAGCCCGCUGUCCGGCGGCCUGGUCGAGGCGUGGGCGGCCACCUCGGGGCUCGGCCCCAACGUCGAGGCGCUCAAGACGGAGCUCCUCUACGCGCAGGCCAUGCUCGACAACGCCCGCGGCAGGGAGAUCCGUAGCCACGCGUUGGCCGAGCUGCUGCAGAAACUGCGGGCCCUGGCGUACGGCGCCGACGACGUCCUCGACGAGCUCGACUACUUCCGCAUCCAGGACGAGCUCGACGGCACCUUCGAGGCCGUCGACCAUGACGACCGCGGGUGCGUCCAUAACCUUGUCCGCGAUGUUUGCCACACGGCCAAAGCUGCCACCAAGCUGCUUGGGUGUGGCUCCUGCUACUCUGCUGCAGGUGACACUUACAAACCUGAAGAGUCUUGCAUGUGCGUGCGCCGGCUCGCUUCCCAUACACGUACCACCGUCCACGACUUCGGUAAACGACUCCUCUGCUCUUCCCAUUUAUCUGUUCGUGAUGAUAGUAAGCAUGCCCCCAGAGUACCAAAGUUGAAAUUUGAUAGGGUGGACGUCUCUACCAGAAUGAAAUGCAUCACAGACGAACUAAAGCCCUUGUGCGCUAAGGUCUCCACCAUUCUUGGCCUAGAGCUGUCCGGCUCUGUCAUUACAGAGCUGCGGUUACUGGGUUCUAGUGGUAUUGGUAAUGUUGCCUCUAAAAGUAGACCUAUAACCACCUCACAAGCUUUAGAGCAUACAUUGUAUGGGAGGGAACCCCAGAAGAACACCAUUAUUGAGCAUAUUAUAAACGAUGAAUAUAUUCAUGAAAAACUCACGGUCAUUCCUAUAGUGGGUCCUGGAGGCAUAGGGAAGACAACUCUAACUCAGUACAUAUACAACAACAAAGAAGUGCAAGACCAUUUCAAAGUUCGAGUUUGGAUAUGUGUAUCUCUUGACUUUAGUGUGCAUAAGUUGACACAAGAGAUUGUGAGCUCCAUCCCUAAAGCCGAAGACGAAAAAGAGAAAGCAGAUAGUGAGGUACAUAACUUAGACCAACUUCAGAAAUUAAUUGAAAAAAGACUGAAAAAUAAAAGAUUUUUAUUUGUUUUGGAUGAUAUAUGGAAAUAUGGUAAUGAAGACGAGUGGAAACGAUUUCUAAUUCCCUUUCAUAAAGAGCAAGGAAAUGGUGACACAAUUCUAGUCACAACUAGAUUCCUUGAGGUAGCUGAAAUGGUAAAGCAAAGAGAUAAACCAGUACAUCUAGAAGGUUUGGAGCCGAAAGAAUAUUGGACCCUUUUUCUAGCAUGUGUUUUUGGUGAAACUAAUCAACGAAAUAAUGAUGACGACUUAAUUGAAAUCGGGAAAAAAAUAGUGGAAAAAUUGAAGGGUUCUCCUCUUGCAGCAAAAACCGUGGGUAGAUUGCUGAGAAAUAACAUAUCUGUAGAUCACUGGACAAGAGUUCUUGAAAGCAAAGAAUGGGAAUCACAAACCAGUGAUCACGAUAUUAUGCCAGCAUUGAAGGUUAGCUAUGACUACCUACCUUUUCACCUGCAACAAUGCUUCUCCCCAUGUGCAUUAUUCCCAGAAGAUUACAAGUUUGACUGUGAGGAGCUAAUUCACUUUUGGAUAGGACUUGACAUUAUACACCCAGAUAAUAGAAUCAAAAGAAUUGAAGAUAUAGGGCGGAACAACUUGAAUGACUUAGUUAAUUAUGGAUUUUUCAAAAUAGAAACAGGCGAUUCAGGUAAACACUAUGUUAUUCAUGACCUGCUACAUGAUUUGGCAUUGCAGGUUUCCUCACAAGAGAGUCUACAUAUGUCUUCCUCUAGUACAAGAGCUCUAGAAAUUACACCAUCUGUUCAUCAUUUGUCCAUUAGUAUGAGUGAUCCGGCCAAUAGUGCUGAUGGAGUUGUCAAACAAAAAUUUAUGAAAGAACUCAAUAAAAUAAGAAACGUACUGAAAACUGAAAACUUGCGCACCUUGAUGCUAUUUGGAGAUUAUAAUGCAAGCUUUAUUCCCAUAUUCAGCGAUCUAUUCAAAGAUGCAAAAUGUUUGCGUGUUGUCUAUUUGUCAACAAUGUUCUUCCCUGUGGAGUUUCUAUUGCACAACUUCUCGAAACUUGUCCAUCUUCGCUACCUACGGCUUGUGUCACAUUAUGAUAGUACAGAACAUGUACCAAAGAGUAUACCUAGAUUUUAUCAGUUAAGGGUGGUAGACAUAAGUGACUGGUGGGGUGGUAAGAGUUCGGUCGAAGAUAUUGCUAACCUUGUAAAAUUGCGCCAUUUCUUUGUCCGAAAUUAUAAACAGUUCCAUUCAAAUAUCAGUAAUGUGGGAAAACUACAUAACUUACAAGAGCUACAAAGAUUUGAAGUUAGAAAAGAAACUAACGGGUUUGAAUUAAUGGAGCUCGGGAAACUAGAAGAGAUAGGAGGAUCACUUGACAUUUGUAAUCUUGAAAAUGCACUAGUAAACGAAGCACCUGAGGCAAAUCUCUUAUGCAAAAACCGCUUGCAAAAAUUAACACUAAGUUGGAACAUGGGCCAAUCAAAAAUGAGUCCUGACGCAGAAGAUCAGUUACUUGAGAGCCUACGGCCACAUAGCAAUCUUCAUGAGCUAUGCAUUCGUGGGCAUGGAGGCUCUACUUGCCCUACAUGGCUAGGUAAAAAUCUAUCGAUCAAAGGUCUGGAGGCUCUCCGCCUAGACAAUGUAGCUUGGAAACUCCUUCCACCCCUUGGAGAGUUGUACCAAUCUAUAGUAGAGCAUGAGUCUGGAGAAGAGUAUUUCGGUUGCAUCACAAGCCCAUGCUUUCGUAACAUGAAAAGGCUAGAACUCAUUGGGUUGCCAAAAUUUAGAAGAUGGGUAGCAACUGAAGUUUGCCCUUGGUACUUCUCACAUAUAGAGGUACUCAUUGUGGAGGAUUGCUCUGAACUAACUGAGUUACCGUUUUCAUCCUAUACUAGUUGUGGCCCCUCGGAAACAGAUUCGAGUGUAACUUGGUUUCCUAGGCUAAAUGAGCUUCAAAUCAAGAAUUGCCCAAAACUAUUGUCACUGCCUCCUAUUCCCUAUAGCCACGCUUUGUGCUCUGUUGCACUGACGUGUGCAGGAAGAGGUCGGAAGGAGUUACUUUAUUCAAGCAAAUCAUACUCUUUAAAAAUAGAAGGAAGUGACGAUCUACAUAGCCUAGAUGAAACUGUCUUAGCAUUCCAUAAUUUAAGCCAGCUACAAAAAUUGAUUGUAAUAAAGUGCCCACCUCUGACUGAGAAACACCUUCAAAUGCUAACCUCGUUGAAGACCCUCCGCAUAGGUGGUUCAAACAGUAUGCUCCAGUUACCAAGACGUGACGCCAUAUGGCAGCUUCCAGUUACCAGUUUAACAUUAUGGAGCAGAAAUUUUAGUGGGAAGGAAGUGACACGUCUACUCACUCAUCUCCCUGAGCUCUCUAACUUGCGGAUAUACGAAAGUGAGAAGAUAACACGGUUGGGCGUGGAGGCCGAGCAGCAACAAACGGCAGCAGCGCUAUCACUGUCAGCUUCUCCAGCUUCUAUUGAAUUGCAGGAUACACAUGGAGAAGAUGAGCAUCAAGAAAGAAUGUGGGGGGUCGAGGAAGAGGGAGUAGCAGAGGAGGUUGUUCUCGAACCAGAAGAAGACGAUGAUGGGCUGCUGCUCUUACCGGCCUCUCUCCAGGAGUUGUUCUUGGACAACUGUCCAGAGCUUAUCCUGACUGCCAAGAACGAUGAGACAGGAGGGGGAGGAGGUCUGCAAGCCAUGCGCUCCCUCAAGAAUAUAGAAAUAGCAAAUUGCCCCAAGUUCCUAUCCGCGUACAUGGCCUCGGAUCUCUCUUCCUGUUGCCCUUUCCCAUCCUCCCUGCAACACCUCUUACUUAGUGAUCGUAUGGAAGGCAUGGACACGCUAGUGCUCCUCUCCAACCUCACCUCUCUGGAGAACUUAAGCAUCAAUCAUUUGGGUGAGGAUUUUAGAUGUGAGGGGCUGUUGCAUCUCCUUACCCAGGGCCAGCUCACCGCGUUACAAGUCUGGAAUACCCCCGAAUUGUUUGCUGAUUGGGAUCCCGCAGGGGAGCUGCAGGGAGAGCAGCUGCUUCCUUUCCCAAAACUGCAGCAACUCGAGACGGAUGAAGUGGCAGGAGUCCUUACCGCGCCCAUCUGCCGCCUCCUCUCUUCCUCCCUCACCAAAUUAUCUUUUCAAUCCAACGAAGACGAGUGCUUCACCAAGGAGCAAGAGGAGGCUCUUUUCCUCCUCACGUCCCUCCAGGACCUCGAAUUCAUGUGGUGCAGCAAGCUGCGGUGCCUCCCGGCAGGGCUAAACAAGCUCCCCAACCUCAAGAGAUUAGAGAUCUAUGAUUGGCCAGCCAUCCGGUCGCUGCCCAAGAAUGGCCUCCCGAGCUCGCUGCAAGAGUUAGUUGUUGGCCAAUGCAUCAAACUGUGGUGUCUCCCAGCAGGGCUGCACAGGCUCACCAACCUCAAGACACUAAGGAUCGCAUAUUGUCCAGCAAUGCGGUCGCUGCCCAAGAAUGGCCUCCCGAAUUCGUUGCAAGAGUUAGACGUCAGUCGUUGCAAAAACAAGGAGCUAAUACAACGAUGCAGACGGUUAAUGGGAACCAUCUCAGUAAUCAGACUAUAGACUACUCUAAGGGCUUCUUGGGAGUUGUACAUUCUUCUAGCCUUGUAGGACUCUCUCCAUCCAUGCACGUUUUGCACACGACAAGAUUUACUGUUUGGUGUCUUUUUCCUGUACAUAAAUCUGGUUCGUAUGCUUGUUCUUGUAGCCUUCUACAUACUUUGUAUUUACACUUCCGUCGUGAGUCCUGAAGACUUGGUGCUGUAGCUGUCGGGCUCACAUCUCAGUUCCUGCUUAAAAAUGCCAUGAAGUGCUAGCUAUACACUGCAUACCAACAGAUGUGAAUGCUACUUUUGUUACCGACCUUCCACUUAGUCCAGGGAACAUAUUCAGAAAAAGUGAGUCGUUCCCAUUCCAAGGCAGGGUAUCUGAAGAAUUCGGAAGAUCUCCAUUAUGAACGGCUAAGGAUUGCAAAAGCUUGCCAACUUUCAGAGAUUAAGGAUCAUUGGUGUGUGCAGCCCACUGCCCACUGAGACCUCCCCAGUUCACUAUAGGCUAUCCAAGGUUUGAAGCCAUCAUAGACAGGAAUGAUGAAUGAACGUCAGGAACUUUGAGAAGGUUUUGUUUGUGAUUAUCAAGCACUUCAUAAUGCAAAGAUGCAUUAUUCCCUUCACACAAAGCAAUGCAGAUUGUGGACCAAUCUGCAGCGGAUCUGAAGUUAGUCGCAAUCAAGACAAUGAAGCUGUUGGAAUCUGCCAUUUAUAUUGAACCUGAAAUUCUCAGAGCUACAUUGUAAUUGGGUGUGAUUUGCAGGCGAUGGUCGGAAUACAGAUGCAACUUUGCUACUUGAAAUAAAUAUCUAAGGCAAUAGGCAGAUGACUCUCCACACAGCAAGUUGGCUCAAGUAAUUGUGGCAACCAAUCUUCGUUCUCACUGUCAAUCUGCACCAAGGUUAGGAAAUAACUGAAGACAAGAACACGGACAUGAAGUUAACGAGAGAAUGGUACAAAAAAAUCCCGUUUUAUUCAAAUGCUAGUUUACCUUGGAUCGUGCAUAUAAUUUAUUUGGUCACAUUCUAGCCCUCACAGUUUCACAUUGCUAUUUUUUUCUAUUGUCUGCUAAUCAAAACCCAAGAGUUGAGUGUAAUAAGUUGGUGUCACUUAGAUUGGUUUAGAUUAUUAUUUUGUCCCACCAGAGCCAUACAUAACAAAAACUGAACCAUCAUUUGUGCAAUCUAAAUAUUUGGUGAGCUUUGUUAACUCUGUAUCCAUCUAGUCAGAAGCUCUUGAAAGCCAGUCAUUCUCUUUCUUUCCUUUGAUUUCUACCCUAUUUGACACUUGUCACUUCAAUUCAUACGCUGCAAUCUUCCAUACUUCGUUGGUGUAUAUAUUUACCUUGAAUAACCAACUUCAUCCAUUUGUGUAUCAUCUGACACUUGAUUUGCUUCCGCGGUCCUUAGUAAAGAGAGACAUCCAAUUAGUCGAAAGCUAUUGAAAGCCACUCAUUUCCUUUUUAUCCUUUCAUUGCCUCCCUCUUUGAGAUUUGGCAUUGCAGUUCGUCCACUGCGAUCAUACAUACUCUAUCAGUUCAUCCGUCCACCUUGUAUAAACCACUUCUUCCUGUUGGGUGUCAUUGUUAACCAAUGAUAGAUUUCAUUUAUGGCGCUCAGCAUGCAUACCACUCCCCACAGUGCUUUGUAAACAGAGCCUCUAGUCGGGAAGUCUUAAGAAAAAUACUAAUUAAAAAGUGGGAAAAGGAGUGUUGGCAAUCUAUAGAGCCAAAAGAGAAAAAAGAAAAGGAGAAAAGAGUGAGCUGGCAAUCAAGAGAGAAAAAAAGUGCUGGCAAUCAAAAUUUAAGAUGUUCUGAUAUUUUGAUAAGUGGGAGGAGUCAAAUAGCGCAUACUUUCAUAUCCUUGUGCAAUCAUCAGCUGAUUCCCACUCUCCAUGUGGCAUCCAUAUAUUUUCCCUUGUGCAUCACUAUUUCUAGAGAUCACCUUGUGCAUCUCAGAGCAUCCUCGUCCGUUUGACAUAUUUUCCCAUCGUUCUUCCUGUGACUGGAAUGACAAGGCUUCACUGUACUAGUUUCGGAUACUUAUUUAACAUUGCAAUAACUGAAAUUCAGAUUUGCUUACUCCAUUUAUCCCACCAGACCACACAUAAGCCUCCACAUAUGCAUAUAUAGUUUAGUGGUAGGAAGAUCUUGGCCAACGGCCAGUGAAGAGCCAUAUGCUUGUCACUGAGAGAGAUACUUGUCAACGAGAGAGAUUCUAGACCAUGAUGAGUAAGGCCACACUGAAAAGCUCACCUCUUGGGGAAACUUUUAGCACUUGUGCUUAUCAAAGGAGAUCAAAACCGGACAGCAACCUUAGUUUUCCUAGUUCAGUGCUGAAGUCAAGCAAUCUAGUGACUUCUUGUUAAAAAAAUAACCUAAAUGACGCACGGCUGUGAGGGCAUUACGAUGCGACCAUGUAAAUUUGUGCAUUAUCUGUUGUAAGCUUGCAGGUUUGCAAAGCUCGAGAACAACUAAAGACCCUUCUCCAUCGUCUUCUCUGCUUCGUCAAAUCAAUCACAUCUUACAUCAGAACAGAGGAAGCAACACAACCAAGUUUCCUGAAUCCUGACACAAGAAUGAUCAAAUCAUAUUGGUGAGGAUUCCUCUUCCAACAAUAGGUUAAACCCAGGGGGUUGACUUUGUCGGGCUAGUUUGGAGUCAGCUGCAGGCGCCGUAAGUUGUAUUUCGUUGAUUUGAGUAGUGUAGUCUUUUUCAAGGAUAAGUAGUGUAAUAUUUCAUCUUGUGCUGAUUGGAGAUCCGUAGAACUACUUUGUAAUCAAAGAGAGGAUUUUACCAUAUAUUCACCCUACGUACAAAGAUUGCUAUGUGUCAUCAUCUUUCUACUGGUGGUGCGCGUAGACGGAGAAGAUAAAUGAUCAUUAGUGAAA